AUGGCGCCGGCUCCCGUCGCGCGCGUCGUCGUCGCGGCGUCGCUGGCGACGGUGCGCGCGGCGGGAGGAGCCGGCGGCGGACGCGGCAAGGGUGGCGGGGGCGGGGGCGCGCGCGGUAAAAAAAGCACGGGCGGAGGCGGGACGAAAGGGAGCAACAAGGGUGGCGGCACCGCGACGAAGAAGAAGAAGGCCUCGGGCGGAUCGGACGCCGCCAAGAAGAAACAGCCCGAGCAGGACGAGCAGCAGCAGCAGCAGCAGCAGCAGACGGCGGUCCGCGACCCGCCCGUCAACAGGAAGAUCCUCGAGGGCAAGUUCGACGCCCUCGUCUUUGACGAUUCCUCAAAGGGAACCGACGUCUUCGCCAUGGACGCCCCGCACGUCCCGCCCGCCGCCACCACCCUGGAAGACCGCCUGUUCUUCGAGCGGAAAGGUCACGCGUGCAUCCGAAACGUGUUGACGCAAGACGAGGCGCGUUCGAUGGCGGUGGCGCUCAUUCGAGAAACCCGAACCAGAACGCUGUUAGCGUAUAAGCAUCGAGUGUCCGUGCUGUGCCCGCCGGGCGCGGUGGACGUCGACGCCAUCGAAAGCGAGGAGGAUGCGAUGCGAGCCAUCGAGAGGUACUCCGACGAGGAGGUUGGGUUUUUGCAGACGUUUAACAUCCACAGGGACAACUACGUAGCCGGCGAAGAUGAUUCUUCGAAUGAUGAUUCUUCGAAAAACACAGCUGUGUCGGGAGAUUCAACAUCGGAUGGGAUCAAGGAAUGCGCGGGGUACAUCAUGAGCAGGAGGCUCGCGCGGAUCGCCGCCGAGUUACUCGGCGCGGACGAGAACGAGGGCGAUCGCGUGCGUUUGUACCAGUCGUGCGUCUUCGUCAAACCUCCGGGUUUCGGAGAGACGAAUUGGCACUCAGACGCCAACAUGGUACCGCUCGACACCAACAGGUUCGUCACCCUCUGGCUGCCACUGAGGCCGCUGCAGGAAGACGACGCCGCGCUGGUGUUUGCCAGCGGGAGCCACAGAGACUUUGCGCUCCCGUACUGGCACACGCUGGAGGGGAUGGAGGAUCUGGAAUCGCGCGGAUACGACAUCGAGUCGUACGAGCCGUUGGACCUCGGAGACCUCACCGCACACGCCGGGUGGUGCCUGCACUGGUCCCCGCCGCAGCCCGAGGACGCGCCGCCGCGGCACGCGCUGAGCGUGUGCUACUUUUUGGACGGCGCCAGGCGGUUGACGGGACGGGAAGGGCACCUGAGGCAGGUGCCGCACGAGGAGGACGAGUGGAGCUACGGGGACUGGCUCGCCGACGUCAAGGCUGGGGAGGUGGCGAGGCACCCGGCGUUGCCGGUGGUGUACCCUUGA